CUGGUUUAUGUCAUCGCUGUGCGGCGAGGGUUUUCGGGGCCAAUCAGAAGUCAGAAGUGGCCUCGGCCGUUUCUGUUGUUGUGGAGAAGGGUCGUGUUUGGGGUCGAGGCGCGGGGUUAUUGGGGUAUUGUUGGUGGAGUGAAAGCAGCGUGUUGACGGCGGGGCCGCGCUUGAGGAGCGGGGGGUCGGUGUGUUCGCGGGGCUGUGUGUGUGUGUGUGUGUACGCGGGGGGACUGGAGGCUGGCUGACGCUGUGGUUGAGCGGACGGGCGGGCGGGCUGUCUGUGUUGAUUUGGGUUGACGGGUCUGAGAGGUUGUUUUUUUAGAGACUGUGGGCUGAUCUGCUGGUCAGUGCUGGACGCUGUAAAGACUCGCAGGGCGCUGCUGUAUGGCUUUAUCUAGGUUAGCCAGUUAACUGCUUUAUUCACACUGCAGCACGUCGAGGCGAGGCCGCCGCACUGAGGAGAAGCAGCAGCACCGCGAUGAAGCGGUCCAGCGCUGGAGAGAACGCCGGGGGAGCGGCCGGCGGCUCCGGCUCCCACCGCAAGCAGAGCAUCAUCAACUCCUCCACUAAAUGCUGCGGGAAAGCCGAGCGGAUCGAUCACUUUCACGGCACGCUGUCCAUCACCUCCCUGCGCUCCCGCCUCGGGCCCACCAUCCGCUCCACGCUGUCCGCGGCCGUGGACACGCUGCUGGGUGAGAUCGUGGCCGUGAUGUCGGAGACGCACGGCGAGCUGCGCUGUAAGGAGCAGGAGAACGAGAAGCUGAAGGUCCGGCUGGAGGUUUCUGAGCGGGAGCUGAAGACCCUGCAGGACUGCCUGUGCAGCGCGCAGAAGCUCAUCGAUCAGCUGCAGGGCCCCUUCACCAGCCCGCCGCUGCCUCCCCACCAUCACCACCACCACCACCACGGCUACCCGUCCCCGCAGACCAAUCCCGUGGGCCCCGGCCGCCUGGGCCACCGCGGUGCGGGAGACGCCACCCCCGCCGCCGACCCGCGCUGCUUCGCCGCCGCCCCCGGGCCCCCCGGCCCCGCUCCCGGGGAGCCGGAGCUCAGCGGGGCUCUGGGAGACGCCAUCCACGGCUUCGACUCCAGGGACGACUUUAAGAGCUGCCACCUCUCCAUCCAAGCGGACGGCACGGUCACCAACAGCUACUACGACCCCAUGGCCGUCCACUCCGCCGGCAUGUGUCACGAUGUCAACAGGACCGGUGAGAUGAGCGAUAGGCGACUUUCCCACCCUGCCUCCCACCCACCUUACCCAGUUAAAGAAGAACAGAUUCCCAGUACGUCAGGACCGGUGUGUGUGAGGGGCAAUGACAGCGAACGCUCAGCUCAGAGCGUGUGCGACCUUGGCUACAUCCACGUAGUUGAGGAAGAAGGAGGUGGCUCCCGUCCCCACAGCCAUCCACCCAAACCUACGCCCACUCCCCCGUCCUCUGGCUCUCACAACGGCCCUUCUUCUCAGAGCCCACCUCCACAGGGGCCGUCCGGACUUGGAACAUCCCAGAGGGACGCAUCUGGGGCAGGAGGACGGAGCCCAGGCGCGUCUCCUGAAGUCCGCAGGCGCCGCUCAGCCUCGGAGUUGAUGGGUGAGGCACCGGGGGAUCGCCCCCACCUGUGUAUGGAAUGCGGCAAAACCUUCCGACUAGUGUCCAGCCUAAAGAAGCACUUGCGUAUCCACACGGGCGAAAAGCCGUACCCCUGCGCAGUGUGCGGCCGUCGCUUCCGUGAGUCUGGAGCCCUCAAGACACAUCUGCGCAUUCAUACCGGGGAGAAGCCCUACUCCUGCUCUGAGUGCGGCACUCGCUUCCGUCACCUGGAUGGCCUGCGCAAGCACCGCCGCACACAUACCGGCGAAAAGCCCUACGUCUGCGCCGUGUGCGGCAAGCGUCUCAGCCGCCUCCAGCACCUCAAACAGCAUCAGCGCAUCCACACGGGCGAACCCCCCACACGCUGCCCGCUUUGCCGCCGUGCGUUCCAGGAUGCCGCUGCGCUCAGGAAGCAUCUGCGACACCACCAGGGCGAGCCAGGUCUGGAGGAGGUCCGGGAUAGGCUGGGACUUGAAGCGGACGAAGAGGAGGAUGGUGACCCCAACCUCCAAGGCCCUAUAGAGGAUGAGGAGAUGAGGUUCGGGAUGUGGGGUGAGGAGGAGAGGGAAGAAGGAGAAGCGCCAGUGGAUUGUGUGUAGGAGCUAAAAAGAAAACAAAACAGCAUUAGUCACCAGCCUUGCUCUUGGAUUCCUGACUUUUUGUGGGGUAUAUUUUGAACUCUUUUCUGUUAAAUCCGAUCAGCUUCUUCAAAAGUACUUAAACUUGGAGGUAUAAUGCUUGGUGCACCUGAUCUCGCUUCAGAAAGGCCUUUCAAUUAUGUAAUGUGUUACAUUAUGUGUGUUAAGGUAGAGAAUAUUUCAGUUUCCAGCAUCAGGCUUAGGAACCACAGUUCUAUCAUAAUCCAGUUUCUUCUGAAGAGUCUAAGGCUAUGUUCAGACUGCAGGCAAAACAUAUAUUUUUUUUGACCCUUCAGACCUGUGGAGAUGAUUUGCAAGUUUUCAGAUCGGGUUUGUGUGUCUAGACAUCACAAACAUGCAGUGAGUAGAUUUUAUGAGGUUGUUUGUUGCUGAUUUGAGCAACCAAGACGAAGUCCAGAUGGAGGCACAGCUGUAUAAAUCCACUCUAAAUGUGGUUUAGAUCAAAUUGUUAAAAAUCUGAUUUACAUGGUUUGUGGCUGCCCAGACUAUUAAAAAUCAAGCUGGAUACAUUCUAGAUAUGCCAAAAAAUUAAUUUGGUCUGUCAGACCUGAACACAACCUUAUGCACCUUGAUCAGGUGGAACAAAUCAGGGUUCAAACUAAACUCUGCGAAACAAAGGCUGAUCUCCAGAAGGAGGGCUGGUAACCGCUGUCUUAAAGCUUUAAAAAAAUGUCUAAGGUUUGUGCAAAGACUAUGGCUUUUUGUGACUUACUUAUGAACCGAUCAUACAAAAGUCACUAGCCAUAAUUACGGACACCAGGCCUUUCUCUAGUUUAAAAAGAGGGUCUUCUCAAAAUUGCGACGAUUGCUGUUCCCAACACUGUGUGGACACUGACCAUGUGGGGAAGAACUGAUGAGCCACAGCAAACAUUCAAGCUUCUUUUAAAAGAUUACAUCUGUGUAUAUACAAAUUCAUUUUUUAAAGUCAAAUGUAAGGAGGACAUGUUUGGUUUGGUUUGGUUUUCCUGAUGGACCAAUUAAAAUAUUGUUCGUGUUAUUGUAGUUGUAGCUACAGGACUUCACAAGUGAAAGCUCUAAACAGACAUUCUGGUCACAGUGGGACAUCUUGUUAUGAUAGUCAUCUUGUCGUGAUGACGUUAAAUAGUUGCAAUUGGCAUGUUAGAUUAAUGUUAUAACAGAAGGCUGGAGUUAGUAAGCAUGUUUUUUUAUUCAUUAUUUGUAUUACAUUCUGAGGAAUGAAGAUCACAACAGGAGAACUGUUGGUAUACCUUGACAGUUGGAAUUACUUUAUUUGCUGGGUAAAUGUUUCUAACAAUAGUGGAUUAAUGCUUGUUGGUUCAUUUUUUUGUGGUGACAUGUAUGUUACAAAGAUCUUCCACUAAGCCCAAGAAAAGUCAAGGAUCCAACUGUGGAAUUCUGGUCUCAGCAGGUAAAAUGGUUGGGGUUUUUCCCGAAAUCCAGAGGUAUUCAACUCCAGACCUUCAAUCUGAUUAAUGGACCUGUGUUUUGUAGUAGCUGAUUGGCAGCUGAACUUUUGAUGUAAAUUAUCUGAUCAUCUGAAUUUCAUAGCUAAAUUAUUCAAGUGUUGGAUUAAGAUAAUUGGGUUGGGAAAUUUUAAGACCUAACCCUAAUAGUUCUAAUGCUGGAGCUGCAGAACCUCCAUUACCCUUGACAUCCUGUCAAAAAAUCCAGGACAACCAAGAAUAAUUACAUGAGUACAUGUACUCAAAAAUGUACACAUAAUCAGAUUAUUGCUGUUAUGAAACGAUUUAAUUUGUCAAGUUAAUCGUAAAGUCAAAUGUCUUAGAUUGCAGUAUGAUCUAAAAUGCAAUUAAGAAAUCCAAGAAUGAGAACUGGAUUUUAGCUCAGUAAUCAUAUUUCCCAGUGCAUGCAUACUGUAAAGCAGAGUAUUCUGGGAUUUCUCAUUCUGUAGAUGUUGGAAACAGAUCCUGGUACUGGAAUGAGCAAGCAUUGUUUAACACAGCACCUGCAAAUUGGUGAAAAUAACAUUUUUUAAAAUAUUUUUUACUAUUUUAAAAAUCUUUUAGCUAAUUUAUGUUCAUAUUGCAGUUUGAUAUACAGCUUUAGUAACCACUUCAGUUUCUGAAAGAGUUUCUCUGAUUUUGCUGAUUCUCUGAUUAUAGGUUUAAGUAAAAUGAACAUUGUUGUUUUAUUCUAUAAACUACAGACAACAUUUCUCCCAAAUUCCAAAUAAAUAUUGUCAUUUUUAUUCAAGUUUUAAGAGUUCAGAAAUCAAUAUUUGGUGGAAUAACCCUGUUUUUUUGCAUUGCAUGUUCUUUUCCAUCAAUUUUACACAUUGCUUUUGGAUGCCUUUAGGUCACUUCUGGUGCAAUAAUUCAAGCAGUUCAGCUUGGUUUGAUGGCUUGUGAUCAUCCAUCUUCCUCUUGAUUUUAUUCCAGAGGUUUUCAAUUAGGUUAAAUCAAAGAAACUCAUUUUUAAGUGGUCUUUUAUUUUUUUCCAGAGCUGUAUAAAAAAAAUGGUGUGGUGUUUUAACAUGACGAUCACAUAUUUAAACACUGAUCUCUAAAAAACGGAUUAAAAUUGGAUUCUAGGUCUGAUGUUAAAUGCCUCUGCAAGUUUCAUUCAGGUGGACUUUAAUGAUGCUGUAAGUUUUGAUGUUUCAUAAAAGUUUUUGGAUGGUCGUUUGUGGUAGUUAGUGUUGAUGUAACAUAGGUAUUUGUGCAAGUGUGGGGGGAAAAAAAAUAAAUUUGACCAAUUGACCAAAUUUGAUUUCAGGGCGGCAUGAGAGCCUUAACUGUAGUUUAUCUGAUUUCUGGCUCCCCUUCUCUUUCUUCACCCAGUUGUUUUUUUUUCCCACACACAAGAAUGAAUAAGCUGUCAAAGAAAAGGAUACUUCACUUCAUAAUGCUAAUGCCCCUGUUAUCUUUAGAUAUGUUUGGCUAUAUACUUUUACUAUUGAUCCAUAUAGAGAGAUAUAUGUAUGUAUGUAUAUAGUGUGUGCGAAAUGUCAUGUUAUCUUUAUUUUUUUUUUAAACUCCUGGAUACCUGACCAUUUUAAGUAGAACUUAAACCUGUAAUGUAUUUUUGAAUUUAAGUUACUUUUUUAUGCUGUUUACUUUACUAGUUCACAUCAGCCAUUCAGCUGUACAAUGAUGUGUUGAUCAAUCAGAUGGAUAUUAAGUUACAUUCAGUGAGUAAAACCCUUUCCAGAAAUCAGUAAACAAAGUGGUGUGCCAAAUUGAGAAGCAGAAGAAAUCUGCUGCCCUCUUGUGCUCAGAAAAAGGCUUUGCAGUUGGUAUUGGUUUUGACAGAUUAAAGACUUGUUUUAAAGAUUUCUUUGUUACCAUUCAUAUUGCCGUUCAUACUGUAUUUUUUGAUGACGUUUGCCUCUUGACCCAGUCUUAUGGAUAAAGAAGACCCUUCUAAUGUCACGACGACAGACUUCGGAUGCAUUUGUGAAGCGUUUUGGACUCAUAAGUGUUUAUUUUGUUGUUGUGGUUUCCUACACUUCUUUGUAUUGAGAAAUGUCCCCCCUGUAUAUGGGGUGUAACACAUGUAAACAUCAUUACCUAGUGGAUAGUCAACCCAAGUAUACCUGGGGGAAUUAAUAACUCUUUCAAAUGUUUCAGUAACUUUUCAUGCUUUAUAUAUAUUCACAUGUUCAUUAAAACUAGCAAAUAAAAAACUUUUAUAUUGAAACCUUAAA